ACAGGUUUGAACAGCAUCUUUGACGCUGUGUCGGGCAGACUGAGAACUGGAUCUGCCCGAUUUGAGUUCAUAACUCGGUACUGACUGUGGAUUUAUGCUGCACAAACUGACUGACAAACAAAACCAGGGAUUUUUCACAUUUUCAACUGACCGUGGGGGCAGCGAGACAGCGGACUAAACCCGUAUUGAAGUUAACGCUGGAACCUCCGUUUCCCAAGAAAGAAGGUCUGACAAAGAGCUGGGAAGUAGCUCGCUGGUUGGCGAGCGGAGGUAGUUCAGCAACAAACUGAGGAAAGUAUGGCUCUGGUUCAUUUCUUCACCAUGGAUUACAGCAAAGUCGCUCGUGCGAGUGUGACGUUUUUAUUUGUUUCUCUGCUUGUAAACCGAGGGAUUUUACGUGUGAACGGACAAUACGGCGGCGGUGACCGAGGAAUGUCAAUACCGGAACACGGAUUUUGCCAACCGAUUUCCAUUCCCCUGUGUACGGACAUCGCAUACAACGAGACCAUCAUGCCCAACCUGCUCGGUCACACCAACCAGGAGGACGCGGGGCUGGAGGUGCACCAGUUCUACCCGCUAGUCAAAGUUCAGUGUUCUCCCGAUUUAAAGUUUUUCUUGUGCUCCAUGUACGCGCCGGUGUGCACGGUGCUGGAACAGGCGCUGCCGCCCUGCCGCUCUCUGUGUGAGCGAGCGCGGCAAGGCUGUGAGGCGCUCAUGAACAAAUUCGGCUUCCAGUGGCCCGACAGCCUUGCAUGCGAGUCGUUCCCGGUACACGGCGCUGGGGAGUUAUGCGUCGGUCAGAACAUGUCGGACCGCGGCGCUGACUCGGACGGCCCGACGCCGUAUCUCACUGAGCCUCCUCCUUAUGAUAACCCAAAUGUGAAGGGCCAGUUCAAGUGCCCGACCUCGCUCCGAGUGCCGCCGUACCUCAACUACCGGUUCCUCGGGCAGGAAAACUGUGGCGCCCCUUGUGAGCCCAAAAAAUCCCAUGGAAUGAUGUACUUCAGCGAAGAUGAGCUGAAAUUCGCCAGGAUAUGGAUUGGCAUCUGGUCAGUGUUGUGCUGUGCGUCCACUUUGUUCACAGUGCUCACCUAUCUGGUGGACAUGAAGCGCUUCAGCUACCCAGAGCGGCCCAUCAUCUUCCUGUCCGGCUGCUACACCAUGGUGUCCAUUGCCUACAUAGCUGGAUUUCUACUGGAGGACAAGGUGGUUUGUAAUGACAGGUUUGACAAUGACAUCAGGACUGUGGUGCAAGGCACCAAGAAGGAGGGCUGCACCAUCCUCUUCAUGAUGCUGUAUUUCUUUAGCAUGGCCAGCUCUAUCUGGUGGGUUAUCCUGGCUCUCACCUGGUUCCUGGCAGCGGGGAUGAAGUGGGGCCAUGAGGCCAUCGAGGCAAACUCUCAAUACUUCCAUCUGGCAGCGUGGGCCGUGCCCGCCAUCAAGACCAUCACCAUCCUGGCUGUAGGGCAGGUGGAUGGAGACGUGUUGAGUGGGGUUUGCUUUGUUGGCAUCAACAGUGUGGACGCCCUGAGGGGCUUUGUCCUGGCACCCCUGUUUGUCUACCUGUUCAUCGGCACCUCCUUCCUCCUGGCUGGCUUUGUGUCGCUGUUCCGCAUCCGGACUAUCAUGAAGCACGAUGGCACCAAAACGGAGAAGCUGGAGAAGCUGAUGGUGCGGAUAGGGAUCUUCAGCGUUCUGUACACUGUGCCCGCCACCAUCGUCAUCGCCUGCUAUUUCUAUGAGCAGGCCUUUAGGGAGCAGUGGGAGAGGACUUGGAUCAGCCAGACUUGCAAGACCUACGCCGUGCCCUGUCCCGUACAGAACCACCCCAACAUGAGUCCCGACUUCACCGUGUUUAUGAUAAAGUACCUCAUGACGCUUAUUGUGGGUAUCACCUCCGGCUUCUGGAUCUGGUCUGGGAAGACGCUCAACUCCUGGAGGAGGUUUUACACGAGACUGGCCAACAGUAAACAGGGUGAGACCACCGUGUGAUGUGCCUUCAUCCUGGCCCUCACACAGGCUGCUUACUGUCGAACUGAAUGAUAACCCCUGUUUUCUUUUUUAUUGUUUUUUCCCCAACUUAUCAGAGACACAAGGUAUGUUUUUAAUGUACAUAAAUAUUUUGUGAGAUUUUUGUAAGUAUAUAUUUGUAUUUAAAGAUAAAAAAAAAAACUUUCUUUUUAAAAAAAAAACAAAAACAAAAACAUUUUUUGCAUACUUUGGACAUAAUUGAAUUGUAUUCAUCAUUAAGAGCCAGCUGAGCAUGGUCUUAUGACCUGACUUACUUUGAACACCACUGGAACAGGAGUGAUAGUGUCUUUAAUCAGUGACCUGCCUGUGAAUGUUGAGCCUAUUCUCGGCAGAGUCCCGUGGAAAGCAAGUGUUUCCUCGUGCCUCCUUCUUAUCCUGAUUAAUUGGCUGUAGAUUUGUCCACUGUGCAGCAGAGCAGGGUUUGAAGGGAAAAGCGCUGCCGUUUUUGAAAAGAAAUGAGGUGCAGGUCUUGAACGUGAAUCAUUGUUACAGAAGGCUAUAUAGCCUGUAACUCAGGCUUGGACAGAACCAACAUUCUUUCCCCAAAUACUGCACAAAUAACUGCACCAAAGUUUAAGACAGUGGGUUUGGAGAUUAAAAGUAGAUAUGAGCAGCAUGAACAGGUUCUUUUGGGAUUUUAAUUAAACAUCUGCUUAAUCAUGCAGUUUGGGUGAAGUUACUGAGUUGUUUUUUUUUUUAAUACUGAGCAAAAUGCAAAUCUCUAAAAUAUACAAGACAACUGCCAAAAGCUGAGCUGAAUCCUUAUACUUGACUGAAGAAUAUAAAAUCCGUAAGCAGAUAUUUUGGCUGUAUAAUAAAGAUGGCUGUUUAAAGCUGUUGCUCAUUGGAGGGGGUGUUUUAAAGGACCAUACCAUUGAUUCUGAGUGUUUGGCCAAUUUACUACAAUUUCCCAACAUCUUACAUUGCAACAGACCAUUUUACAAAUCAUGUGGGGGGCACUAAGGAUUUCACAACCUACAAAAAUCCCUUGAUUUUCAAAUUUGAAUUUUUGGUUGCAACAGCCACCCUAUAAUGGUCUGCUUCUGCAAGUAGUUGCCAUUCAUAAACCACACCACUGAUAAUUGGCUGUGUAGAGCAAACAUUUCCCAGGGGCCUUUUCUGGCAGGGAGACAAUUUCACUCCACCCAAUUUCAAGUCAUCAAAACACAACAGUACUGGUGCUUUUAGGAAAACUAAUGUGGACAACUUUAUUACAGUGAUGGAAUACUGGUGUGAAAAAGUUUGGAAUCUCUGAAAGUUCAUACUCAUAUUGUACUGGAACAAAUGGAAAACAAUGGCUGGAUAAAAGGGAGGAAAAAUGAUACUGAUGUUCUAAAAUAUUACUGCUUAUUUGGGCAAAGAUGAACAGAAACAUUAAGUUAAUAUACUUUAUAGAUAAUUCCCAAAACAUACAAAGUCACUGGUAUGGUCCCUUUAAUGUGCUCAUGCCAUGUUCAUAAACUCAUGUAACUUUUAAAACUGUAGGAGGACGGUUUGGGUUAUUUGGAUGGGAUUUGAGACAGAUGCUGUUGAAGCAGUUGUAGCUGAUGGUGGGACAAAGCAGGUCUGACCUGUGAGCAGCCACCAGCUUGUGUCUAUUUCCCUGCAGGAGGAAGGAAACUCUGUGUUAAAUAUGCAGAGCAGCUUCUUUCAGGGUGGAACUGAAGCAGCUGGUGUUGGCCUCAACUCACACACAUCAUAACUUGUGUUCUCAUCUCAUACUCUUCCGCAUGGUACUUACGUUUAAUAAUAAUCCUUUUAAUGUGUUGCUCUCCAAUACAGUCUUUGAAAUAAUUUCUUUUGCAUUUGCUAUCAAGAGAACCUUUAUAUUUAUAGAAAAAAAGUCUUAUAUAUCCCACAUUGAUUACUUUAUGAGAAUAAAAAAAAGCAACAGCCUCAUCACUGCAAAGCUUUGUAAAAUGUCUUUUUUCUGUCUCUCCCUCACCAAAAUUGAUAGCAUGAGAGGGAAAUCAGAAAGUAUUGCAACAUAAUGCACUAUAGGUUAUUGACUGGUUUUGAUUUUUUCAGGGCGGUUACUGAUUAUUUGUAACCACAAAAACUGAUAUUUAGUGCCAGUAUUCAUUUGUUGUAAAAUUUUAAACUUGAGCUAUCAAAAUUUAAUUCCCCUUAUUACAUUAGUGAAAACUUGCCAAAAUAUAUUAGCAGAAAACAACCAGAAAAGUAGCCAAAAAAUAGCACAAAAAACUCUUGAAAUUUUGCAUUUUUAAUUAAAAAACUAUUCAUAAUUGUUCAAAUUAAAUCGAGCAGUACAGAGCAGUACUUCUCCAUCAGAUUUCUUGUGUUUCAUUGCUUGUGAAAAGCCUUUAACAAGCGUUUAAAUCCAGGAAUAAAAUGAAAAUUGCAGCCCUUCUGUUUAAAAGGCAACACACUACAGCUUGACACAGUGAAAGGGGAAAUGAAACUUGUAACCAUGUUAUCAGAAAAAUUGCCCUGCCUACUUGCUUUUGUUCUGCUGUCUUUCGGAUGGAGAGGUGGAAUGGUUUUCGUAUCGGCCAUGAUGUAAAUCAAAAUUAUGAUACCAAUUGUUGGAAAAAUCCUGAACAUUUGCCCCGAUAAUCAGGCAGGACGUAUAAUCGGAAGAUCCCUAAAGACACAAAUUGUUAUGUUUGACUUUUUUUUGCUGAGUCCAGGAUCAAACAGUGAACUUUCUGUGGCCACAGUGCUUGCUAAUCAAAUGCAGUCCUUUUGCUAACUCUGAAAUGGGCUCCGGCAUCACUGGAAUGCAGUGGAAACCCUGAGAGACCUUGCAUGUACUCACAAUAUGGCUUUGGCUCUUAAAAUAGCUUUUGACUUUCAUCUGUCAGCCAUGUACACUGGACAGCUGCUCGCAUCAUUGUUCCAGGUUUCUCUUAGUCCUUGCACCCUUGUUUUGUUUUCUUUUUUUUUAAUCAGUAUCAACUUCAAUCUUUAGAAACCUGAUCAAAUCCACUUGAUUUCUUUCAAAACAAGGUGAAAAAGGUGAGGAGCAAAAUAGUAAGAAAUGAGCAAGAAAAAAAAUAGAUAGGGAUUAAGUGAAUUUUGUUCUUAGAGGUGAAAUAAAAACCUGAAAGAAAAUCUUAUCCAUGGCUGAUGGGAUUCAGAGGGCUAAAGUGUACAACUGCAUGAUCUUUUGAAUUGGAAUGGUACCACCACAUGCACUUCAUCUUGCUUUGUGUGAAACUGAAGCAUCAACGGUCUGGAAUUUGGAGAGACAGAAGAGAUGAAAGAAGAUAGUUGACCAGCACCGGACCUCAGGAAGUAAAGCACCAAGAUCGACUCAAAGCAGCUUGUUCUUCAUUGUCUCAUUAAUAAUCUACUACAAUUUGUGAUGCUUGUGUGUUUACAGUCACAAAGGCCAAAGUUUCAAAAAUGUGUUUGAAGCAUUCAGCAUUUUACUUUCUCAGCAAUGCAAUUUAAAAAAAAAAAAAAAAAAAAAAAAACUUGUAUCUCAGAUAAGUGUGAAUAGAGCAAACUGUUGGAUUGUAAACAUGUUACGAAUAUAAGUACUAUGUGGCGCUGUCUUUUUUUUAUCUCAGUAUUUUAAAUACAAUCUAUGCACAACCGAAUUGCAAAAAUUGCCAGACUCUAACCUUUACUCACUCAUAAAGUUGUGACAUGUCAGUGAAGUGACACAAAUGUAAAUGAAAAGAUUGAUUUUUGACAUCAGGGAAUCAAUAAUUGUGAGAAAAAGAUUCACUGUCUUAUGCAGAAUUGCUUCUCUCCCUCACCCUUAAAUGUUUGGCCUUGAAAGUAAUUAGAUAGUGCUAAAUUUGAAUUUAUGAGGGC